AAGAGACAACAGAAAACCGACAACAGACAAGACAACUGACAACAGAAAACCGUCAAGAGACAACAGAAAACCGACAAGAGACAACCGACAACAGACAAGACAACUGACAACAGAAAACCGUCAAGAGACAACUGAAAACUGACAAGAGACAACUGACAAGACAAGAGACAACCGUCAAGAGACAACUGACGAGACAAGAGACAACCGUAAAGAGACAACUGACGAGACAAGAGACAACCGUCAAGAGACAACUGACAAAAGACAACUGACAAGAGACAACUGAUAACAGACAACUGACAACCGACAACCGACACAAAGUUCCAGACAAGUCGAGUUCUCCACCGUCUGUAGAGAGUUCCCUGCAGAGCAGAUGUGAGACUGAGGAGGAUCCAGAUGUUCAGAGGCUGAAGUGGACGACGCUCUGGGUCGGGUCUCCGUCAUGGUUCCACCAUGAGCGAGCAGCCGCCGGACCUCUGGUUCUGUGAGGAGUGUCAGGACCAUUUCCAGGAGGAGUGUCCGUCGCACGGGCCCCCUCUGUUUGUCCCUGACAGGCCCGCAGCCCUGGGGCAGGCCAACAGGGCGGCGCUCACGGUCCCACCAGGCCUGGAGGUCUUCACCGAGGGGGGCCGGGUGGAUGUGCGCUGCGUGGAUGCAACCAUCCCCAAGGGGGCAGUGUUUGGUCCGUACGAGGGACAGCUGGUGUCCAAAGACAAAUCCUCUGGCUUCUUCUCCUGGAUAGUUGUUGAUUUAAACAACACGUAUCAGUCCAUCGAUGGCAGCGAUGAGACCAGAGCCAACUGGAUGAGAGAUCCUGGAUGUUUCCUAAGGAUGGUUCUGACCUGCAGGUUUGUCCGGACCUCGUCGGAGGACAGCGACAGGAACCUGACGGCGUUUCAACACAGUAAAAGCAUCUACUUCAGAGUCUGUCGGCGGCUGGAGGCCGGACACAAGCUCAGGGUUUGGUACAGCGACGACUACGUCCAACGGCUUCACUGUGUUUCACAGGAGAGCAUCGACCGCAACCUGCACUCAGAUACCGGGAAGCCUGCAGUCCUGCCCAACGCUCAGAAAGACUUCAAAUCUCCCUGCCUGCAGUCAGCUCUGCAGGGCAAACUCUGCCCCGGUAAACAACCCAGUGAAGAGUGCGACGGUCAGCCGCCUACCAAGAGGAAGAAGAUCGACCUCAUCUUCAAAGACGUCCUAGAAGCUUCUCUAGAGGACCCUAGCAAGUCCAGAUCCCAGUCUUCCCUACGCAGCGAGUGCAAAGUACCAGUGCUUGGUUCGGGGCUGAACUCGUCCACAAGCAGCUCCAAAGUCCCCAACUUUGGAACUCCUAACCUGAAGGUGGAGGAGGAAGAGGAGGAGAAGCAGGAGCCCUCCACCUCCUUCUGCCCCAACUGUGUGAAGCUGAAGAGGAGGAUCCUGGAGCUGGAGGAGGAGCUUUCCCGUCUCAGAGGAGAACAGGCAGACGUGGUCGGGCCACCGAUGUCUGAGCAGACCCCGUCCCAACAGGAUCAGGUCCCGCCCCACCCUGAGCAAGGACCCGUCGAAGACUUUCAAGGGACGGAGCCCUUGACGCCCUCUCAGGUGGUUCUGGAUGAAGACGACCAGGACAUGGACUCGGCUGACGAGUACAUUGCUGCAGAUCUUGUGAUUUCUCCAGAGGACUCUUCGAAGCUUUCCGCUGGAGGAGGCCGACGGAUACGUCGUUUCAAGCAAGAGUGGCUCAAAAAGUUCUGGUUCCUUCGCUAUUCGCCGACCCUGAAUGAGAUGUGGUGCCACGUCUGCCGCCAGUACACCGUCCAGUCGUCCAGAACCUCUGCCUUCAUCAUUGGCUCCAAGCAGUUCAAGAUCCACACCAUCAAGCUCCACAGUCAGAGCAACCUCCAUAAGAAGUGUCUGCAGCUGUACAAGCUGCGCAUGCACCCAGAGAAGACAGAGGAGAUGUGCAAGAACAUGAUGCUGCUGUUCAACGCAGCUUACCACUUAACCCUGGAGGGACGGCCCUUCUCCGACCUCCGGCCACUCGCAGAGCUGCUGAAGAAGUGUGAGCUCAAAGUGGUGGAUCAGUACAUGAAUGAAGGAGACUGCCAGAUUCUCAUCCACCACAUCUCCCGGGCUUUAAAAGAAGACCUGACUGAAAAGAUGCGACUGUCGCCCUUUCUGAGCAUCAUCAUGGACGCCCAAAAUGACGACCUCUUCUCAGACAUGGUGGCAGUCUAUGUCCAAUUCAUAACCAACGAGGGCUCACCCAACACAGAGUUCCUGUCCUUGCAGAGGCUGAGCAUGGCAAGUGUGGACGGAUAUCUCCAGGCCAUAGAUCGAGCAUUUGGGGUUCUGGGCCUCAGAUUUCAGGACUUGCUGGUGGUGGGUCUGGGGGUGGACGGUACUAACAUCUCUUCAGGAAUGAGAGCCAACUUUUACAUAACUGUACAAAAGACUUUCCCCUGGAUCCUCUGCCUUCCCAUCAUGAUCCACCGGCCUCAUCUUGAAGUCCUGGAUGCCAUCAGUGGAAAGGAGCUCUCAUGCCUGGAGGACCUGGAGAACAACCUCAAGCAGCUCCUCAGUUUCUACCGCUACUCGCCUCGUAUGAUGGCCGAGCUCCGGUCAACUGCUCCGACACUGUCAGAGGAGACGGAGUUCCUCGGAGACAUCAGAGCAAUCCGAUGGAUUAUAGGAGAACCAAACGUCCUCAAUGCGCUCAUCAAAGAUUACCUGGAGGUAGUUGCCCAUCUGAAGGAGAUCAGCAGCCAGACACAAAGAGCUGAUGCUGCAGCCAUCGCUCUCACUCUCCUCCAGUUCCUCAUGGACUAUCAGUCGGUGAAGCUCAUCUACUUCCUCCUGGACAUCAUAGCAGUUCUUUCACGGUUAGCCUUCACCUUCCAGGGAGAGUACCUGCUGGUGUCGCAGGUGGAAGCCAAAAUUGAGGAGGCCAUUCAGGAGAUAGGCCAGUUGGUCGACUGCCCUGGAGAGUAUCUGCAGGAGUUUGAGGAAAAUUUCCGUGAAAGUUUCAACGGCGUUGCUCUGAAGAAUCUGCGUGUUGCCGAGUCCAAGUUUCAGUCGAUUCGAGAAAAGAUCUGCAACAAAAGCCAAGGCAUCCUGUCUCAGAGGCGGGAUCUGCAGAGCAGGUCAUUUGCAAGAGCCUGCAAGGUCCUGGACCUGUCCAGCUGGCCUCAUAACCAGCAGGACCUUCAGGCCUACGGGGAGGAGGAAAUCCAGUUGAUAUUCAACCAUCUGGAGUCCAUUCCUUCUGCAGGCCAGGACAGCUCCCAGGCCAGGAAGGAGGCCAGAGGCUCCCUGGUGGUGGAAUGGAAGGAUCUGAAAGCAGAUUACUUCAGCAUGAACGGUUUCAAAGAAGUCAUCGGACACAUCUGCCGGUACAAGCAGCGUUUUCCUCUGCUGAACCGGAUUGUGCAGGUUGUCAGGGUGCUGCCCAGUUCCACGGCUUGCUGCGAUAAAGGAAGAGGGUCUCUGCAGAAGAUGUGUAAGAACAAUCGUUCCCGGCUGACCCUGGAGCAGAUGAACGAUCUGCUGACCGUGGCAGUUAACGGACCGCCCAUCACAAGCUUUGACGGGAAGCGAGCGCUGGACAGCUGGUUUGAGGAGAAGUCCGGUAACAGUUACUCUCUGUCGGCCGAGGUGCUGAACAGGAUGUCGGCUGCUGAUCAGAAGCCUGUUUUGCACAGCGUUGACGUCAACACAGAACUUUACCCUGACGUCUAACUGGCACAUCCAGUAGUGUUAGCACAUCGACACACUGAGCUAACACCAAAGAGGGAAGUGAGGCGACACCAGGGAGACUUGAACCUGCUGUUUCCACGGAGUAGACGGAAAUAUUAUGAAGCUUGGUUCAUCUGGUUGAUGCUAAGUGAUGCUGAGCUUCAGUAUAGUUAUUGUCACCUUGACUCGUUCAUAAAACUUCGAACACUUCCUGCUCUGACUUUUCACCAUCACUGUUCCUUGUUUCUAAGCAACCGACUGCAGAGGAGACAAUCUACUUCCUGUUUACACCACAUGACCAGUGUAGGUGAACGGUCAUGCUGUAGUUUUGAAAUGAAAACAAAAAUGUAGAGCCUGCAGACGUGUGUGAAUCAGACCGACGCAGCCCCGCUCCACACCGUACGUACUGUACAAACUGUAUAUACUGUAAAUGCUUUUGAGCCUGUUUCUAAAGAUUUCUGAGUAUUUUUCUCUUGAAUUGAUGAUUGUGCCAUAACGACUGAAUGCGAGAAGAGAACGGUGCUCUGCCACGAUGCCAUCUGCUGUUUAUUUGUUUUACUGCAGCAUAUGAAAUAUUUUAAAUGUUAUUUUGAACUUUGCUGUAACGUCAGUCCAAAGAUCGGGCUUCAAAUAUUUCAGAUACAUUUUGAAAAACUGCGCCAUGAUGUUCAACUGCUUUUAGCGCUGAAGAAGUAUUUUAUCAUUUUCCUUAUUAUAUCCUAUUAUAUAUUAUAUUUCCUUAUUAUAAUUAUUGUUAUUGUUAUGAGACGUCUGUUUAAGGCUGAUUCAAGGUAAGAUGUUGGGAAUAAGAUGAGCGGAGCCCGACCACGUUUAUUCUGUUAUUAUAAAAGAAAAUUCAAUGAGCUUUGUUUCCUUUGUUCAGACGAAUCGUUUCCUAUUCAAGACGUAUUGUGUGUGUGUGUGUCGUCUGCACGUGGUUAUUAAUGUUUCAACUGUUGGUUUGAUCUCACCUCAGUUUUCUUUCCGCUGCAGCUUUGAUUCAAACACUUUUGACUUAUGAAUGCUGAUAUUUUGUGCUUCGCCUUAUUCUGAGUUAUUGGACGUCAAGAUGGCGAAGUUGAAAAUCUGAUUGUAAUCUGAUUAUCUGACUCCAGAUGCUGAACUCUGAGAUUCUCACAAAACAAAUAAAAUGUGGUUUCUUUA